GUAUAGCCCCAGGAGAAAUUAAUCAUUUUAGCCCUGUCAUCAUUCGAUAGGACUAUUACAGUAAAAAUCCCUGGCAGGGGACAUCUCGGUGCAGGGCGCGAUCCGCGUCGGUCCCUAUAACUUCAUCUUGGUCCACCUCCGCCCCUCUCUCUCGCACGAGUGAGAAAACAAAAUGCAAUCUCUGCUCACUCUUCCUGCCAGCAGGGGAGCGAAACCCUGCAACAUCCUUCCCUACAAAGCAAUCGACAGCUCCAGGAAGUGGGCCCCACGCUGCUUCCCGUCACAGCCGUUGGGAAGAAGAGGGCUCCACACCUGCUGCAGCUUCAGUAAAAACCGCAGCGAUCAUGGCAUGGUUGCUGCUGCUACUGUCACCGGCAUCUGCAUUCUCAGCGAUGGGAAUGGAAGGAGGAGAAGUAGAAAGUUAGCAACUGCAUCUUCGGCCGGUGCCGACAAUUGGAGCGACGGGAGUAACAGCGGCAUCGAUCUCCUCGGGCGGAUAGCUUCAGCUGGAGAGCUUAUAUCAAUGGCAUUCCCGUUGUGGGUUGUAUUGGCAUGCGUCAUUGGCCUCUUCAGACCUUCCUCUUUCCUUUGGUUGGAUUCGAAGUGGCAGAUGCCUGGCCUCACCAUCACCAUGCUCGGUAUGGGAAUGACUCUUACUCUUGAUGAUCUGCGAGGUGCUAUGUCAAUGCCCAAGGAAUUGCUUGCAGGCUUUGUCUUGCAAUACACAGUGAUGCCGUUAUCAGGAUUCUUUGUGAGCAAGCUUUUAAGGUUGCCUUCUCAUUAUGCAGCUGGUUUGAUAUUGGUCGGAUGCUGUCCCGGAGGAACGGCCAGUAACAUAGUCACUUAUUUAGCAAGAGGAAAUGUGGCCCUUUCGGUGUUGAUGACCGCUGCAAGCACUGUAUCUGCCGUGGUGAUGACUCCUUUCCUCACAGCAAAACUUGCAGGGCAAUUUGUUGCGGUAGAUGCAGCUGGCCUCUGUUUCUCGACACUGCAGGUUGUGCUCGCCCCUGUAUUGUUUGGUGCUUUCAUGAAUCAAUAUUUCCAUGGUGUGGUCAAGGUUGUCUCCCCCAUCAUGCCAGUCAUUGCUGUGGUAACCGUAGCCUUUCUCUGUGGCAGCGCAAUUGCACAAAACGCCGCAGCCAUCCUUAUAUCUGGUUGGCAAGUGGUGCUUGCUAGCUGCGCCCUUCAUGCCUUAGGCUAUUUCUUUGGCUAUAUACUUUCAAGGAUGCUUGGGCUCGAUGUCUCGUCUUCACGCACCAUCUCCAUUGAGGUCGGCAUGCAGAACUCGAUGCUUGGGUUAGUGCUUGCUGGUCAGCAUUUCAAACAUCCUCUGACCGCAGUACCAUGUGCUGUUUCCAGCGUGUGCCAGUCGAUCUAUGGAAGUGCGUUAGCGGGAAUCUGGCGAUGCACUUCACCAACACAAAAUCAGGAAUGAUGCAUGGUCAUGACAGUCUUUCUUCCUGUCUGUUUGAUAUGUUUGCCUAGACUGACUUGUCCUCAAGACCAAAAUUCCAGCUAGUCCAUUCAUCUGGUGGGCCACAUGUAUGAAAUAGACAGGUGGAAGAAUGAUAACCAAGAAUCUACAUUCACCUCCAUGUGUGGCCCACUUGAUAAGUUGUUAAGCAUGCUUCUUAGGUGAGGGCACAUGAAUCAUGGGGACCAUCCUAUGAACAUUCCAGUUGCAGCAUGCAUGUGGAUAAGUGGGAAUGGGUGGAGCAUUUGUUUUUGGUGAUGGAAGUUGAGACAUGUAGAAUGAGCAUUUCUCAUGUGUAGAAAUCAUGCAGCCGAAAGGCGAUCAGUAGAACGAAUCCCUGAAUUUCUUGAGCAUGUACAGAUGAUAACACUGCGGCCCCAGAUUUAGCGGUUCUGAUUUUCUCUCAUAGUAUCUUUUCUUUGCUUCUUCACAUCAAUGUAUUUUUACUCUGUUUUCUUCCCAA